UGAGGUGGAGGGAAGAGAGGAGUAACAAGUAAGAAAGACUGAGAAGGAGAAAGAAAACCGAUCGCGUCGUUAAAGUCGACCUGAUUACCGACACACGAGAUCCUUCCUUAGACUCUGAUACAUUUAUUUUACUUUCGAAUCCUGAAUUUCUUCUCGAGUAGAAUAUCUUCCAACGAGCGCGAUGUUUGUCUAUAAGGCGAUCUCAAUGUUUAGAAAAGGUUUACACACAUGCGCGUGUCUGUACGCGCAUGACGCGCGGUCGUCUCUGCGCUGUUCCCUUAUAAUGUAUCGUAAUAAUAGAGCUUCUGUACGCUGUGUAUGGGAAAGAGGAGAUUUAUUCGUUGAAUGUAAAAUGAACGAUCGAGACUGAAAUUUCCGUUCGCGUCGCGUGAACCCGAGGAGAAGAAAAGCAGGGAAGUUAAACGUGGCGAGUUGAUCGCGUUUCGGGUCGAGGAUAUACGACGACGGUCUUUCGCGACCAAAGAAAACGAUUCCAGCCUUGAUAACUGGAUUCAGCCAACGACCCGAGCCGAUCGUUGCCCUGUAGGUUGCCGUCCAUUUACUCGGGGUAAACAUUACAGAGAACACAAGCUAUGGAAAAUAAAUCAUUCCAGCCAUCUAGCAUGAUUUCUCCUUCGCGAAAGAAUCGCGUUCGACCUUACAUCCGCUGACAAUUUAAUAUUUGCGGAUCGAAACUAACGCCGCGGCCGAUUUAUAUUAUCCGUGGAUGUUUCAAACAGGUCGUUUUGUUCGUUCAAAUGUUGUAAAAACGGCCGAGUGUAGCGGCGAGAGAAAAUAAAGCGGAAGAAAAAAGCUAUGUAAAGUGUGUAAUUGAAUUGAAAAACUUGUCGUGGUAAAUUGGUAAGGCGAGGAAGAAAGGAGAUUAUGAGUGACGGUAGUAAUGCAGCGGCGAAGCGUGAAGGGGUGAAGGAUCGCGAGAAGUCGCACCGUUUGUCCGUGACGAUCGGCGCACCGCAGAGUUCGUUAUACUUGAAAGGAGAUCGACAGAAGGUUAUCGUUACCGGUGAAUAACUCGCGUGGCGUCUCGAGUGCUGCGAAGCGGCGGUCCUUGGAGAAAAAUUCGUUUCAUCGAACCCAAAGCAGUCGUCCUUAGGUCGAAUGAAAAAUAAUUUCAUUACCGCGGGAGCUUGCGCGGCAUUUCACAGGGACGGAUUUACCGUGAGAGCCGAUAAGUUGGUUCAUUCAUCGGUACGAGAGGAUGUUGGGUAGCGUAGACGAGUUUCAACGAGAAUUGCGUUUCGCGGAGAAACAUUCGGAAAUCGGAUGGGAGAGGGCGGUGAGAAAUCGAUUAAAUAUUUCGCAAAAGAAACAGGAGAAUUUACGAUAUUAUUCUGGUCUCGUUUCGAAUGUCCAUUACACAGCCCUGCUUGCCCGAAAAAGGAAGGAGACGUAUCACGGCAGGAUUGGGGUUGGUACCCUUCGAGUGGUAUCCCGGCGUCCUGGGAUUCCAUAUGUGGUGUUCGGUGCAUUGCCCUCGUCGCACUUUCCACUUUGUCGAUAACACAUGCGAGACGUACAAAUCUGAUUUUGGAGUGCGAGGGUCAGAGGUUGCGGGAGAGAGAAAGCGAGAGAGAAGAAAAGGAGGGACGAUGAGCGGCUGAGGAUGAGAGUGAGAGAGGCAUACAUAGAUGCAUCGAAAAGUGAAAACGAACGAAGGGCAUUCGAGAGCAGGUAUCGGGGAACGCCUGAGUCUGCAACAGAGGAAUGACGGGUAGGCAUCAGGUAUCCAAGAGACGGCGAUCUCUGAGGCUGGUAGUAGUUUGUUGGAACGUGGUCGGAGUAGACCGAAGCAGACCGUGAAUCUCAUCUUCCGUCCGGAACGUUUUGUCCGAGCGAAGCGCAAGUGGUUGCGAUGAAUCUUGUUUACGCAACGUUUUUCGUAUCUCUCCUUUUCCUCGCGUACCUUUUCGAUAGAAGUCGGAGGAGGAGGGUGCGUCGUCUACCUCCUGGCCCUUGGCAACUUCCAAUCGUUGGCUAUCUUCCAUGGAUCGACGCGAAGAAACCUCACGUAUCUCUGACAGAACUGGUCAGGAGAUAUGGCCCCGUCUGUGGAGUUCGCAUGGGUUCCGUUUAUACUGUCCUCCUCUCGGAUCCUCGACUAAUAAAGCAGACUUUCGCGCAGGAUGCGUGUACCGGCAGGGCACCAUUGUAUCUUACGCACGGAAUUAUGCAAGGAUACGGGCUCGUUUGCGCCGAGGGAGAUCGUUGGAGAGAUCAAAGGAAAUUCGUUAGCAGCUGCUUGAGAAAUUUCGGUAUGGUGAAACACGAUGGUUUGAAACGUGACAAAAUGGAGGGAAGAAUCUUGAAUGCCGUGGACGAAUGUGUAUUGAAACUCGAAGAGCGUUCGAUGAACGGACCGUUCGAUCCGAUGGAUACGCUUCAUCACUGUAUGGGCAAUCUUGUGAACAGUAUCGUCUUUGGGAAAACGUACGAGGAAAACGAUCAAGUUUGGAAGUGGUUGAGGCAUUUACAGGAAGAGGGAGUGAAGCAUAUAGGUGUCGCUGGACCAUUAAAUUUUCUACCUCUUCUCAGAUUCUUACCGCGAUACGGCGAAACGAUACGGUCCAUUAUGGAUGGGAAGGAGAGGACUCAUCGAAUAUAUCGCGGCAUACUUGAAGAAUAUCGUAGUCGAAGCGUUACGACAACACCUUCGGAAACUGAAAACUUUUUGACUGCGUUCGAGGAACAGAUGAGAAGGGAGAAUACUACGGAGACUAGUUAUUACACGGAACCUCAACUGUAUCAUUUGUUGGCUGACCUGUUUGGUGCUGGAACCGACACUACCUUGACAACUUUGCGCUGGUUUAUUCUCUUCAUGGCUGUCUAUCCGGAAGAGCAGAAGAAACUCCAGCUGGAAAUAGAUCGGAGUUGUUCGAACGAAAGGGAAGGGUUGCAUUUAGCGGAUAGAGCCUCGAUGCCGCGCCUCGAAGCUGCCUUGGCCGAAGUGCAACGACUUCGAAGCGUCACUCCUUUGGGCAUUCCUCAUGGAACGUUGGAGGAUACACGGAUAGGCGAAUACGACGUGCCGAGGGGCGCGAUGAUUGUACCGAUGCAGUGGGCUAUUCAUACCGAUCCCAUUUACUGGCGCGAUCCUCUCGAAUAUCGGCCCGACAGAUUUCUGGCGGAGGAUGGGAGUUUCUUUAAACCGGAAUCGUUUCUUCCGUUUCAGAGCGGGAAACGCGUGUGCGUUGGCGAGGAAUUAGCCAGAAUGAUAUUAUUUCUUUUCGCUGGGAGAAUUCUACGAUCGUUCGAUAUAUCGGUACCGUUGGACGAAACCGUUGAUCUCGAAGGCGAUUCCGGCAUCACGCUAGUUCCAAAACCUCAUCGGUUGAUGUUCGUUAGGAGACGUCGAUAAUCGUUUAUGUGUUUCGCUAUGUGUUUCAUACUCGUACUCUCGUACUCGUAUUUGUAUGUGUUUUGUUCCUUUGAUAAAAUGAUGUACCGCGUAACUUCAAAUCAUCAACGGUAUUCACAGGUAUUAUCAAUAUACAAUAUUUUCUCAUUUCAUCUAUUCUGCGACUGUUUAUAUUAUUGUAG